CAGCUCCAUAGAUGCUGCUGCACCCGCUGAGUUUCUCCGGCACUUUUGUCUACCUUCGACGCCCAUUCUCAGUCGGCCCGCCUUUAUCGCAUCAGCAUAAAAACCGGGCGCGAUUUGUAAAUAAUCGCCACUUACCGCGUUUCUUGCCACAGAGUCCGUUUUUCUUCCCUCCCAGCUGCAGCGAUCCACAGAGAACAUGAAGAGAACAAGGGACCCCAGGAACAUCAAGAAGCAUUCCAUACAGGACAAGGUAAAGCAGAUUAUUAGAAACAACAUACAGAUACUGGAGGGUCCAGCCACUGCUUCUGGCCAUGCUGCUGUUCCUGACCCUGCUCCUGCAUCAGUACCUGUCCCAUCUCCUGCCCGAUCUUUUGCCUUAAAACCCUCACCAGUUCCUACCCCAGUUCAUGCCCCAACUCCUGACCCAGCUCCUGCUGCAGAAUGGGACUCGGAUUUGGCUCAGGAGACUGAUGCCUCAGCUGCGCCGGUGAAGAGGAAGAAAACGGUGGUCACAAGGCCUUAUAAUUUUACCAGGGAACAAGAGGGAGACCUGGUAGAAUGGUAUCAGGCCCACCGAGAACUGUACGAUAAGGGCCAUCGUGAUUUCAGGAGCACGGAUCUCCGCAACGCGAUGCUUGAAAACAAGGCAAAGGAGUUCCCUGGCUGCUCUUAUGACCAACUGUGUCAAUGGUUCAAGAGUCAGAGGACACGGUUCGGGAGGCUGUCUCACAGUCUUGGCAAGACUGGCUCCGCCAGUCAGCCACUGACUGACAGAGAGCAAUGGAUAGUGGAGAAAUGGGGGUUCGUGCGGAAUCACAUAGUCCGAGUGCAUAGGAGGAAGAGCGGCAGGAAGCUUACCAUGGGGAAAUCAUCGUGCGCCACCUCGAGUGAGGGCGAGACGGAUGCCCCAGAGGGACCCUCUGGGUCCGGCACAGCGGACAAACAGCAGCACGCCAAGCAGAAGCCGGCCUGCACAACUGCGGCAGGUUGCAACGUGCCUGUUCAACAACUUCAGCGGGAGAUGUUCACGGAUAUCAUGCAACAGGCUAAGACCACUGCCGAGACAAUAAACGUCUUGUCGCAGCCAAGGACGCCGCACGAAAGAAUAGUUUAUGCCUACUCAACGCUACUGAGGGAGGAGAUGUUGCAGAUCCCUGAGUCGCAAUGGCAUAGCUACUGCUUGGAGGGCUUAGUCUUGGCAAGGGCGCACAGACUUCUUCUGCCAGCUGUACCAUUACAAACAACCUUCAGGAUCAAUACCAGCCCUCCACCCUCCGGGCACUCCUCACACAGCAGUAGGGAAGCCAUAGGGAAUUGCAGUAUAUUAUUCCCCCGGCUUCCGAACUUCCAAGACCACAAUUUCCACCAGGCGCUCUCCGUGGCCUCAUAGUGCAAUUGUUUCCCAAUUUUAUUCUAGGCGUCACAUGUGGACCACCAGGUCCGUAAUGUUUUCAUUAGUAUCCGGUAUAUAAGUGCAACAUUCUCUUACUAUGAUGCCACAAGUACCCCCUGCCUCAGGUCGUUGGUUCAAGUUAUUUACUGCUUGCUGUAACACAAGGUCCCACCCCUUGAGCAUGUGGGAGGGAGUUAAUGUAUGUAUCUGCUCUUUUAGUAGACCAUUCCUGCUCCACCAGCCCAGUGGGAUGUGGAGAGUCCACUGCACCCCACUAUCAGCUGCUCGCCAUUGUACUUUGUUAUCUGCAAAGUGGGACACCUUGUCAGACGGAUUCUAAUUUGAGGAAGGACAUUCUUGCUAUUGAGGGAGUGCAGCGUAUGUUCACCAGGUUAAUUCCCCGGGUGGCGGGACUGACAUAUGAUGAAAUAAUGG